UACAGUCCUUAGGUCAACAAUCAACACGUGUCACAAGGUCUCACCAUCCGGACAUGUACAAACACAUGCGGACAGCCUUACCGCCAUCUGCCAAUUAGAUAUCAAAUCUGUUGCACAAACGCCCGUGUACACCGCUCACGUUGUCUUCACUUCACCGCAGCCGUGCCUGUCGCCAAGACCUUGAAGACCGCAAACUAUCACAUUUCCUCUCAGCCACGUCUCGAUUGACAUCGCACUAUCCCAGGAUCGCCAAAAUGUCUGAUAAGCUGCCCGAGCUUCAGCUGCCAUCCGACACGCAGGAUGAUACAGGUCAGCGCGAGGAGCUGAAAACUGCGAGCAUCAGAUUUCUUGUCAACGUAAAGGCCCGGUUCGGGGAGCACUCAUUCCAGGUGUUCGACGUCCAUAAGACAUUGGACCUCUUCAGGCAGAGGGCACUGAGCAAGCACAAGACGCACAAGAUCAUACUAGAUACUCUUGAGGGACAUAACGAUCUCAGGCAGGAACUGAUGGACAUACUCAUGCAUCCAGCAGCUAGGUGGGGACCAGGUGACUUCGAUCUACCGACUCAGCAUUCUACGCAAGUCCAGCUGGAGACCGCUCCUCAAUAUCUCCAGCCUGCGCACGAACUCCGGAUGCGUCUACCGUCCUUUUCGAGUUGGUUUACGCUCCCUCACAAUGAUCAGUCGGCCAGUCUCAUGAUGUUCAAUGACCAAAACGGCUUCGGCGGCCAACAGUCCUUGGCAUCGUCUCCAUCUCCACCGAUCCCUCCGCCCUUUAAACUACCCGACCUACCCACUCGCCUAUGGACAGAUAUCGAUACAGAUUCCGCGUACACAAAUCUUCAUGUUGACGAGUUCUUGGCAUCUCCCGUCCCAUCGUUCCGUAAUCCAUGGGGUAAUUCGAAUCGCGCCGACAACUGGAUGAGUGAUGACAUUGGCUUUCCACCAAACAACACAAACAUUGGUGGGAACUUCGAUAUACAAGGGCCAUCGACUUUACCGUUCCAUGAUCAACUUCAGGCACCUUUGCCCCAUCCUCAUCAUGCUGAGUCAUACACGAUGCCGACAUCGCCUCAGCAGGAGACUUCACACUCUCUGUAUACUUCUCACCCCACACGUGAUACAAUUCCAUCACCUAUCGAGCAAGACACAUUUUAUACAGUGAAGCUGGAAGAGCAUACUGCGGAUCUCCAUGCACCUCCAACCCCCACCUCUUGGUUGCCGCCCAACGCAUUGCGAACAGAGGACGUAGCAGAGAUAGCAGAGGUAUAUCCAGCUACUACCGUCGAUCGUAGCCAGUCCCUGGGAGGCCCCUACAUACACAUUCUCUGUGGUAAGGGUUUCUCGACCCUGACUGGUGCGAAGAAACACCAUUGGGGCAAGAAAGUCAACGAUCUUGCGACAACGACAGGAUGCUGGGCAAAGCACAAGAAGCCUGGUGUCGCCUGGGACGACCACCCUAGCUGUAAGGAUGGGCGGUCCACGUCUGUUGUGAUUAAGCCUCUCCCUUCUACAAUGAAGCAGAGCCGGACCAAGGCCUCCAUCUCGCAGUCCGCAUCUUCUCUAGCAAAUGAUGCACCGCAGGUCCAACCGCUAUCGGAAUUUCCCACACUUGAGGGCCUGCCACACACCGUCGCAAGAACCGUACAAGCAGAGAACGCAUCAACUUCCUAUGCACAAGAGCCAAAGAUGGUCGACCAGACGCAUCGACUUGCGUCCCGUAGUAGCUUCGACAGCCUGUUGACAGCUAUCAAUGUGGUCUCCCAGAUCGAUGCGCCAAAGCCAAAAGGCCGGGCUAACUCCAUCGCUCUGCACUUGGACGUUCAAGUAGCCGCAGCAGAACAGCGUCACUCUUUCAUACCAUACGAACCACCGACAAGCUUAUUCAAUCAAACGCAUUACGGUGCGAUUGCACCCGCUGCAUUUAACACGACCGGCAGUACUGACGAGGGUGAGUUCUCGCCCCAUACAAGUGGUUCACAUGUGAACUACAUUGGCGAAGAACAACCAUUGGUGCUUCCGUCCGAUAUCGAAGAACCCUACACUGCCGGAGCCCUUUUGCGGCCUUUCCAACCACUCCUGGCGUCAUCGUCCGGUCCAGCCAGGAAGAAGCGCAAGGUCUAGGCAGUAUCUGAGAGCUGCCUCAGUAUGUGAGACGUGCUUGAAAGGGCUAACAGAAUUCACGGGG